AUGUCGUUUGAGAAAACUCUUACCACCCCCAACGGUAUUAAAUACACCCAGCCUACUGGACUGUUCAUCAAUGGUGAAUUCGUAGCCUCGAAGAGCGGCAAGACCUUCGAGUCUAUCUCCCCCGCUACCGAGGAAGUGAUCACUGAGGUCCAGUACGCCAACGCCCAGGAUGUCGACGCCGCCGUCGAUGCCGCCGAGGCUGCCCAGGAGGCUUGGGGCGAGAUGGAUCCUGAUGAGCGUGCAACUUAUAUGUUUAAGCUUGCUAGCGCCCUCGAGGAGAAGUACGAGCUGUUAGCAGCUAUUGACUCUUGGGAUAACGGUAAACCCUACUCUGCCGCCAAGGGCGAUGCGCAAGCUGUUGCCCGGAUUUUCCGGAAUUACGCUGGCUGGGCCAACAAGAACCAUGGUGAUGUCAUUGAGACUGAUAAUAACCAUUUCAGUUACACCCGUCACGAGCCGGUUGGCGUGUGCGGUAUGGUGAUUCCCUGGAACUAUCCUUUGCUGAUGCUUUCUUGGAAGAUUGCGCCAGCCAUGGCCUGUGGUAAUACAUCCAUUCUCAAGGCUGCCGAGAGCACCCCUCUUUCUGCUCUCGUUUUCGCCAAGAUCUGCCAGGAAGUUGGUAUCCCCAAAGGUGUAGUAAACAUCCUUACCGGCUUUGGCGACGCAGGCGCUGCCAUUGCCAACCAUGACCGCAUCAUGAAGGUUGCAUUCACAGGAUCUACGGCCACUGGUCGCAAGAUUAUGGAGUGCUCUGCCAAGACCAACCUGAAGAAGAUCACUUUGGAGCUUGGUGGUAAAUCCGCCAACAUUGUCUUUGACGACGCAGACAUUGACAAUGCCAUUGAGUCUACUUUGAAUGCUAUUUUCAGUAACCAGGGUGAGGUGUGCUGCGCUGGCUCUCGACUGUUGCUGCAAGAGGGUAUUUACAACAAGUUCCUCAAGCUUCUUGCCGAGCGGGCCGAGAAGCUAAAGGUCGGUGAUCCCUUCGACGAGAACGUCUACUACGGUGCCCAGACUAACAAAAUCCAGUUUGAAAAGGUUCUGUCGUACAUUGAGUCUGGCAAGCGAGAGGGUGCCCGUUUAGUGACUGGUGGUGAGCGGUUGGGCAACAAGGGAUACUUCCUCAAGCCUACGAUCUUUGCUGACGUCGAGGACCACCACACCAUUGCUCACGAGGAGAUUUUUGGUCCUGUUCUUGUUGUUUUCAAGUUCAAGAAUGUUAAAGAAGCCAUCAAGCUUGCCAACUCCAACGCUUAUGGCUUGGCAGCCGGUGUGCACACCGAAAACGUUAGUCGUGCUCUCUGGGUCGCCAAUCAUCUGCGUGCGGGCUCUGUUUGGGUUAAUACUUACAAUGCAACCCACUAUAACGUUCCUUUCGGUGGCUAUGGCUUGUCUGGUAUUGGCCGCGAGCUGGGACGGGAUGUUCUCGCCAACUACACCGAGACCAAGGGCGUUCGCAUUGCCAACAUUAGAAAGGCGAUUGAGUAA